AGGAGGAGGGGUUGGGUGGGUAGUCUUUGCGGAGGGCUUUGGAUGUUUUGUUGGUAGACCUUGAAGGAGUUUUUAAAUAGAAAAUUUACUUUAGCAGAAAUUUUUCCAAGUGGAAAAGGAUUCAAAGAUAAUAGCAGCAGGGCCCAGUGUAUGGAUAUAGACUUUCUUCAGGAACUAUGAGGUUCAUUGAAGAUAAGAUGUCGUGAAUAUGAUGGACUUAGGCUGUAUAGGGGUUUCUGUUCUUCAAAUUUAAAUGCCUUCUUAGGAGAAUUCUUAUAGAUCUUGUCGGAUCCAGCAGGAUGGCUUGGAGACAGGGAUGCGAAGGAGGGGAGAGAGUGGAAGAGGGGGGGUGCAUAUGUAAAGAAAUAUCUCGAGAAGUUUUUUUGAGUCCCCAAGGUCGUUUUCUUCUUCUUUUUUUUUUUUUUAUUAAUCUCACCUGGAUCAAGCCGCGACCCUCUUGCACCAUGUUCUCCGUAUCACUUGGAAUCCGACAAGAUUUUGCCAAACAUGUCCUCAGAAACCUGGAGGGUGGAGAAUUUUUUUAAUAAAAAAAAUGGGGUAAAAAAAUUAGCUCUAGCCAAAGUAACCUGAGUAACCUGUUGCCAAUUAUUUACCAUUUGCUUUGCUGGUCCAUUCAUUCUAUCAGGGGCCACACGAGGUAUGUUACUGCGAUCUUUUUCAAGUUCCGUUCCCAUUUUGUCUUCAACCAUCGAGUUAGCCUUUUUUUUUUACUUAGCCGUGGUAAUAUUACCAUCUCAAUCAGUUUUUCUUUACUUAAAUUGUAUCGCAUAAAACUCUUUCAAUUCCUCAUACUUGACAUGCUCACAGUACGUGCUUGACUCUCGUUGUUCCCUAGUUCAAAAUCUGAGGCUCAAACUACGGAACAAUCAGAAAACGAUGCCAAUUGAAGUACCAUUACUAAAUGAACAUGUUUAACUCGGAACACAACAUUUAGUGGAAGGUUAAGGGACACAAGUUUAAAAGAGGACGAAAUAUGGGUCAUAUGAAAAAGGGUGGGGGGACCGAUAAGAUGGAUGGCUCCCCUUUAAAAUUCCCUGCAUUUGUUAUCUUGGAUGACAGCCCUUCUUCCAUAAUUCUUUCUUAUUUGGCUCUAUUCCUACUAAAGGAUGCCCUCCUCCUCCCACUUCUUUCCCACCAUCAAGCAAGCGCCGAUAACAUUGAUGAGAGAAGAGGGAGGAGAUAGCACCGAACAGAGACGCUGCAAUUGUUAGUUCGGCCAUCGCAACACUGGAAUGGCAAAGAGCCUUCCCCCCUGCGACCACUUAGUAGAAGAAGACUACAUAGACAUGGAUAUCGGCUCCGCCACCUUCUUGUGCUACACCAUUUCCUCUCCUCCACAUUCUAAAGAAUUUGAAUUCCAAAUGUCUGCCAACCCAAGAGAUAGAGAGAGCACCACCUUCCCUGCCGAUGAGCUCUUCUACAAAGGAAAGCUCCUCCCUCUACAUCUCCCGCCUCGCCUCCAAAUGGUUCGGAAGCUCCUCCAGAGCUCCACCUCCCCACCCCAUGGAAAGCCUCCAGAUGCCUUUGAAGAGAAGAUGGCCACAACUCCAUGCACUGCCGCAAGCACUCCGUCUGAGAAAUGCUGCAGCAUCUCUCCUGCCACUUCUUGCCAUGUUAGCGGAGAGCUCAAUUCAGAGGGCAGCUUGUCCGAAUGCUCUAUCGGGCUCGUUCAAUCGAAUCCAAAGAAGUCUUGGUCCAAGAGGCUCAAGUUGAUCGGGCAGUCAUCUCUGGGUCUCAAGCUGAAGGCAUCGCGAGCUUACCUCAAGUCUUUCUUCGCCAAAUCAGACUGCUCGGAUGAGUCCAAGGAGUGCUCAAAUGGCUACGCGAAGGCAGGGAAAAAGAAACCAUUCGGCCAAAUUCAGAGGGAGAGAUGCUACCUAGUGGGAGACAAGGGUGCUGCUACUCUCAUGAGGAGCAUUGAUGGCGGGAAGCAAAAUGAAGAAGAGUGGAGUCAUAGGAAGUCUUUUUCUGGUAUCAUUAAAUGGAAUUCGACAGCCAAAUCUUCAUCUGCAUCUUCAUCAUGCUCUUCCUCCUUUUCGAAUGCAAGUUCAAAUGGAUACCACCUGCAGCCACAGAUUCUGAAGAGGAGCAGCAGCGUUAAUUCGGAGGUGGAGAGCUCGAUCCAAGGAGCAAUAGCCUACUGCAGGAAGUCCCAGCAGCUAGCAUGCGCGAGAAAGAGUGCAAGUGAUGUCUGCUCCUAGGAUUGCUGCAGCUUGUGAGACUCGAGAGAGACUUGGCCUUUCCGGGGAUGAUGAGGAUAAGAUCAGUACUUAAUGUAUGUGAUUUUUGGGAGUUCUUCUUUUCCUACUUUCUGAGAAUCUGAUUUUGCUAGCUUUUGAGGAUUUGGUUGUGCUUCACUUCCGCUGGAAAUGGCCAUGGAUUCUAGGCUUAAUCGUGCAUGUCAAGAUGAAAAGCUUCAUUCAAAUCCAAACUUCACUCGCGGAAUUGAGGCUCGGCCUCGUUUGUUUAGCAAUCAAAGGUUCCAUGUUUGUUCUAAGGUUGUACCUUCGACUACGUUUGUUUCUAACCUGAAAUCUAGUCCAUCAUAAGCAGCACAAACAACAAACUGUUUCUCAGAUCAUGCUACAUCUUUCUCUCUUUCAUUUGUCCGACGCUCAUUGGCUAUGGUAGGAAAUACUUCUGUUCAGUACUUGGAAUCAUAUUUGCACUUUCAAUGUAACUUUGUCGAACGUUCAUAGAUUUUAUACAAAGUGACCAUGUCCUGCCCUUGGGACCGGAC